AUGACGCCAACUUCAUCGGAAGAACUCGACCUUCCCUCGGAUGCAGUCGCUUUGAAUAACAAAUUGAAUAAACGUGACAUUCUUCCGUUGAAUGAGGCAUGUUCUACGUUCAACAGAUAUCCCAUAAAAACGCCCAAUUCUAAAUCACACCCAUCGCAAAUCUGCAAACGGGACAACAAAUUAGUACCUCUUACCUAUCAGCUGACCAAUCACCUUGUAGGGCCAUUUGUGGUUCUGCGAGCACUAGAGUCUCUGACCCUUGGCGGCGAUUUCCUUUCGGAUUGUGAAAGGGUGAAAUUCUCACGGAAGGUCUUUCUCGGUGGUGUGCCGAUAGCCAAAAACGAGCAAGAAAUAGAUUAUCAUAGAACUCCCUUGGAAUGCAUCUUGCGUGAGACGAUCGGAGCAGUUACGUUGCUAUGGCCGUCGUCGUCUGUCAGCCAGACCAACACUGACAAGCAUGCAAGUCGAUCGUUUGAUGCUUUAUCCAUAACGAAAGAAGAACAGUCGGGCAAACCGAAAAGAGGCAAGUGUUACUGUAUUUAA